AUGUCCACAGAGACCAUCUCGACGUUCAGGCAGCACAUACGAAGCAGAACCAGGACGAGCUCGACUACCCAGAGAAGCAGCAAGAAAACAACGGAGUUCAUCUCGCAACACGUGCAGCUCAGCACCAGCAGCACCAGUACCCGCCCGCCAAUCGUGAGAAAUAUCACAAGAAGCACGGCGUUCAUCUCGAGAUACAUGCUGUACACCACAAUCAGCUUCAGGACAAGCCCGACGACCGUGGGAAACAUCAUGAGCGCCACGAUGAACAUCUCGAAAUACAUGCUGUUCACACCCAGCUUCAUGACCAGCUCGCCGCUCGUGAGAAACAUCAAGUCUGCUCAGCACGCUAUCACGCUCGGAAUGGUCAACGAGCCACUGCAGGAAAUAGUCAGGAUCAUCAUCAGGACCCUCAUCGCGACAUCCAUGCUGAUCGCCGUCCGCAGCUUUGGGGCCAGCACGAAGAACAUGCGAAGCCCCCUGUGGAUCUUGGUCAGCAGCCGCACCAUCUGA